UACGGGCGGAUAGCUCUCAGGCGCUUCAGUCUCUGCUUGGGACGUGAUCGCGUGAGCAUGGGGUACGAGGAUACCCCACCGAGACUGCUGCCAUACUGAUCACUGAACGCAGUCCACAUUUUCAGACGCGAAGCACGUUUCGCGAGGAGGGAAACAAAACGAAAUACGCACGACGACGGAAUCUUUACACCAGCCAAAUUACCCGCGACUUUCCCAUUAAAAUCCGAGCCGCGAGCAGAGAUCAAUUUAAUCAAAAGAUCAAUUCAAAAUAAUGGAAGGACUGUAACGGAACACUAGACAUACCAUAAAUCGGUACCGCGAGCAUCGAAACGAAAAUCAAACUGCGAGAAUAAAAAAGGAAAAAGGAAAAGAAAAAGCCAAAAAGGAAAAUUAAUCGAAGAAACUUUUCGUCAUAUCGUAUCGAGAGCUUCCAAUCAAAAACUCAAGGUCAACCUCGGACACCCUUUGAUGACAAGAUCGAAGUGCAAUGAGACCAAGGAGGAAUUCGGAGAGGGAUAAUGACCGGAACUAAACAUUUUACUCGAUGAAGCUGCGAACGUAAUCCGUGGCGAGUAAACGCGUCCGAGUGUGUCGACAGUGAUCAAAAAGAGGCCUAACUUUCGGCUGCACUUGCCCUGGAUAAACGGACGACUUAUAGACUGUAAGAGAAACAUGUCGGUGCUACUGGAAGCCAGGCCUUACAGGCCGUUCAAGUCCUCGGAAGAGUACCUGGUCGCCAUGAAGGAAGACUUGGCAGAAUGGUUGAAUGCCUUGUACCCGGAGUUGCGAAUCAACGUCGACAAUUUUAUGGACAGGCUGGACACAGGAGUUGCACUCUGUAAACACGCCAACAACGUGCGGAAAUCCGCAGGGGAAUACGUGGCCCGGCGGCAGGCCCGCAAAGUCAUGACCCGAUCCAUAACGUCGUCUCUGGCGAUGCCUAUGAGUCAGCUGAGCGACGUCGCUUUUCUGCCCAACGCGAAGGCCGGGACCUUCUUCGCUAGAGACAAUGUCUCGAACUUCAUCGCCUGGUGCCGAAACAGCCUCGGCAUCAUCGAGUGCCUCCUCUUCGAGACCGACGACCUGAUCAUGAGGAAGAACGAGCGUCACGUUAUACUCUGCCUCCUGGAAGUGGCUAGGAGAGGAGCCAAAUUCGGAAUGCUCGCCCCGAUGUUGGUUCAGAUGGAACGUCAGAUCGACCGCGAGAUCGCUGCCGAGAACAAAGCUGCCAACGGCGGUGCCAACGACGACAGCGACGACGAAUACGGCGAGAUGCACCAGGAGGAGCCUUGCCUUAUUUACGGCCCUCAGCCCCAGAUCGUUACAAAUGAUCUGAAGAGCCUCGACGAGAUGGUGAGUACAUUUUUCUUUUUUUCAGAAUUUUGCGAUCUAAAUUCCCCAUUACGUGGUGCUGAGAAUCUGAAUAUCUUUAAAAAGGAAAGACAGUGAUUUUGGCGAGGAUAC